AUGGCUGCUUCAACCAUCAAACUUCUGACGAUAGUUCUUUUCCUUGCUCUUAUUUCUGAAGGUUAUGGGAAAUGCUUGCUGAGUGAUAUCUCUGUGAGUCAAAGUCGAACAGGAGUAAUGGUGGAGGGAAAACCAGAAUGGAGUGUGAGUAUCACCAACAAGUGUUCGUGUGCUCAAACGAAUGUGAUCUUGAAUUGCACUGGAUUUCGUUCUGCUGAAAAAAUUGAUCAUUCAAUCUUGAUAGUCUCACUUCUUCCUAGGUUUUGUCUUGUGAAGCCAGGUCAAACUAUCAACAGAGAUGAAGUUGUUAGUUUCAAAUAUGCUUGGGACAAUCAAUUUUCACUUAAUCCCAUUUCCUCGGAGAGUCUUUGUCCUUAG